AUGGGGAACCAGAAUUCGCGGUCGACGACGCCGACGUCGAACCCGGCCUCGCCCACCAACAACGUGACUGCAUCACAUGGCCACGGACACGGCAAUCCCAGCGGCCACGGGCACGAGCGACCCCAACACCACCACCACCUGCCGCACCUUCACCCGCCACACAGCCAGCACCACAGCGCCCGCCGCCGCGAGUCGAUCCAGGCGCUGAGUGCGGCCAAAGCCCCCGCGGCUCCCAGCGUGAGCCUCGUCGACGCUGAGAGCCAUCCCACGUCGGCCCGCCCCAUCUCGCGUGGGAGAGCGCAAACCGUGGGAACUAGCACCAGGGCCAUUACCUCGCAGCUGCAGGCCGCCCAGGACCACUACAACAACACCCAGGCCCGCAACCACUCGGCCCACACCCACGACGCCGCUAUGGGCAACGAGCAGAGCAGCCAGAAGGGCGCCCACUUCCGCAGCAGCGACAAGGACAAGGACAAGCAGGGUCAUGCCGCCUCCCGCGAUGCGACUCCCCCGCAACCAGCGCCUGUACCCGACGCAGCGCCCAUUGACCCAGCGCCCUCUUCAGAAACCUCACCCCGCGCGCCCUCGCCCACCGCCCCCGUCGACGUCCCCUCGACCCUCGCAUCAAGCUCCUCCCCACCCCUCUCCUCCGCCAUCCCCUCCUCCCUCGACCCAGCCUCCGCCUCCGACUACCUGCCCCCAGCAUCCCAAUUCUCGCGCCCACCGCGCCUCCCCCUCCCCAUAGAAGAAGAAGUGCACACCCCCGGCAGCCCCAUCAUCUCGCCCCAAGAGAUAUGGACGCCUGUCCACGAGAGCGACGCCGAUGGCAUGUUGCCGCGCAGAUCGAGUAUGCUGAGUACGACGACAGCCGAUGAUGAGGAUCUAGGAGAGGAGUUCAAGGGGCCCGGGCAGGGGAGGCCGACUGUGCCGACGCUGAUUGAGUGGGAGGGGAGUGGGGAGAGGGUUUAUGUGACGGGCACUUUUGCGGGGUGGAAUCGGAAAUAUAAGUUGCAUAGGAACGGCCCCAGCAAGAAGAAAGAUGCCCUCUCCGCCUACGUCUCCGUCACCCCAGGAACCCACCACCUCACCUUCCUCGUCGACAACGACAUGCGCACAAGCGACAAGCUCCCCACCGCCGUAGACUACACCAACAUCCUCGUAAACUACAUCGAAGUCCCCUACCCCGAACUCACCCCCCUCCCCGCCAGCCCCCCAGCAAAAGACGCCGCCGCAGCCACCGACCCCCUCGAUGCCGCAACCCCCGUCCAAGAACGCGAAGCCCCAGCCGGCAU